AUGCUCUCAGCCUUUGAGCAUCAGACCGCCUAUGUUCCCCUCUACGUCACGCCUCUCCUGUCUGUGAGGAACCCAGCGCCGCAAGGAUCGCAAACGGCAAUGUACGCAGUCGCGAUCGAGCCAUUGUACCCCCUCCAAGUUGGCGACGCGGUCCACCUUCAUCUACUCUCCUUUCCCCCCCGAGAGCCGGGGACGACGCAAAGCGGGGUGAUGAAGCCGGUCGCGACCCCCCUCGAAAUCAAAGGCCGAAUCUCUGGAGAGCGCGAGAGGGACGAGCUCGAGGUGGAGUUCGUGAUUAGAAAUGAUGAAGAAGAUACGGACGUACGACGAGUUUUUGUGAGAGCGGGGGUGAACUCAUGCACUCCCGCCACUCCGAUGACUUCCGACGUGCGCUAUGGACUCCGACGGCCCAAUCUGCAUGGCGGACAGGAGUGGGUGGCGGACCGCGAAGUGGAUAAACCUUGGCAGGCGGGAUGGGGCGGGCCGACUCAGACGCCUAUCCUGGAGGCUGAAGGUGGCGUGGGCGUGCGAAACGCGCUUCCAGAUGCGCAGCGCAUCUUGUUUGAGCAGCUCGGGGUAGAUCGGAGGAUGAGGAGCGCCCAUCGCCAAAGCGACCGCGGCCGCUGGGUGGUGUACGCGCCGCCGAGGAAGGGGGCGAAGAAACUUAGACGGGUUGAGGGGAGCAGGCCUGGACCCCCAGCGGUAGCGCCGGGACCGACGCAGAGAAUUCCAACGCCGUGGGACGCGCCGAGAGAGCGGAGCCGGACGGGCAUUGCAGAGGGGGUGGGAAGUAGUAACGGGCGGAACUCGGAGACGCCGGCGCGGGGGCCGAAGGACCUGUGCACGAGCUAG